UCAUGGUCUGGUCUGGAAACGUUGGCGCUAAGCACAUGCUUCUGGAAGACACCAAGAUUACGACCUCUGUCUGCAUUGGCGAUCUCCAAGGUCACUCGGUGCUCGUUAUCUACUUGGCCAACACCCGAAGGAUUUACUGGACCGCUCUGGCCGACAAUUGCGCCGCCCUCCAGAGUCGAUGGUGAAGCUGGGCUGUACCCAAGCACUUGCCUUCGCCUAUUCAUCUUCCAUCGUCUCCUCAAACACGCCAUCAAUGACGCGAACAUCACUACAGCAAAGACACUCAUCACUGUCGCCACGAUGUAUGUGCCCAAGGAUGUCACAGGAGAAGAAGACGCCAUACAAGACUGUAUCUCUGUCGAGCUAGAGUAA